ACCUUGACCAAAGCUCUUGGGGUGUCUGUAUUGCCAAUGCUUACAGAAACAUUUACUGUAUCAACAAAUUCUGAUGAGUCAAAUGAUGAAGAUUCUGAUGAUGAUGUGAUUUUUUGCUCUGAGACUUUUGCACCUCCCAAAAAAAGUUCUAUAGAGAAAAAGGAACCUGUGACUCCACCAAUUCCUGUUACUAGUGAACAGCCGCCCGAUGCAAAGAAACUUAGUCCAGAACCUGGCCAGCAACAAGUUAUCCAAGAUAUUAAACCUGUAGUCCAACCUUCCCCAAAACCAGCAGCUCCAGUUCCAAAGGUUACAACACCUGUUGCUCCUGCUGAUACAAGUUUAAAUCCACCAACUCCAAGUCCACCUGCAACUAGCAAUACUGCACCUCAGCAAAACUCUGGCACAGCUGUUGCACCAGUCCAAUCUCCUUCAGAUGCCCCCUCUUCUUCUUCUUCUUCCUCUUCUUCUUCUUCUGCUUCUUCAGCUACACCUGCACCAGCCGAGAAGCCAGUUACAACUAAUCAAAGCUUACCAAAACUGCAACCAGUUGGUGUUGUUCAUCCCAAAUCAGAGCUGAUCUUGGAUGCAGAUUGUAUUUCAUCUCCUCCUCCUUCUUCUGUCAUAUCUGUAGGCCAGCCAACAAUUACACACAAAAACAUAUCCUUUGAUGGGGUGCAAAAGAAACAGGUGGUAACCGUAAGCCCUGGAUCUUCAUCAAAGCCUGGAGAAUUCAAAAUUAAAAUUGCAGAUGUUGUUUCUGGGAGCAGUAAGGAUUCUUCUGAACCUCGGAGAAUAAUGGAUGGGAAGAAGAUCAUAACAUUAGACACAGCUUCUGAGAUUGAGGGCCUUUCAACAGGCUGCAAAGUUUAUGCAAAUAUUGGUGAAGAUACAUAUGACAUAGUGAUUCCCAUCAAAGAUGAUCCUGAAGAAGGUUUAGCUAAUCUGGAUGAAGAUGGUUUACCAGAUCGUAAAAAAAUGAAACUAAAAACAUGACGAUCAUUAUGAGCUAAUAGUGGAUGGGAGAGUCUAUUAUAUUUGUAUUGUGUGCAAGAGAUCAUAUGUUUGUCUUACUAGUUUGCGAAGACACUUUAAUGUUCACUCAUG